AUGAUCCAUUCAUUUGUACUACUUCUUAAUAUACUUCUAUUAUUUCUAUAUGGGUCCACAGGAAAUGAAUCUAUUCAACAACGUAUAGAAUUAUUAAGACAUUGUAGACGCCGUAUCCAAUCAAUACUUGAUGAGAACAUCCAAUCAGGUCGUGUUAACCCAAAUUCAUUGGAUCAAAAUAUACACUGUAUAAGCAAACGUUUAGGGAUUAAAUAUCGUGUUGAUAUUAUGACAGACUUUGAAAACAUCGUGAAUUCUAUGGAAAAAACGUAUGAUAUAAAUCAUCCGAAAUCCCUUCAAAUAAAAGAAUGUUUUAACAAUGAAAGAAAAAUUUAUGAAAAUGUGAGAAGUGAAUACAACCAAGAAAUAUGUGAUGAACUUAAACAACUCAAUCAACGAGAUACUGAUGAACUAUUGAGCUGGUUGACUAUUCUAAAUCUACACAUCAGUUAUUUAAAUUUUGAUUUAUUUAAAUAUCAGUUCCGGUCAGAACUUGCUAGUGUCGUAACCAGUUAG